UAGCAGAGUUGAUAUGGACAACAUGAAGAAAGAGGAGGAAGAAACGUGCGUGAAAGUCCAGGCCCGACAUUGCUCGGUGGCCUGGAAGUACUUUAUCAAAAAUGACGGCAAAGGCACCGUGUUUUGCAAACUGUGUAAGACGACUUUUAAGUUCUCCUCAAAUACAGCCAACAUGAUCAAACACCUGAGAGUGAGACAUCGACUCAACAUCCCUGCUGUCGCCAGCGGUGGAGAGAGACUGUGUGCGGAAGAACCAGCGCACAGCAGCAAUGAAAUGAAUCACCAACAUCCAAAGUGUCCUGGAAAUCUUGGCCCACCAAACCUUAGAAGGAGAAUGGAGCGUUUUCUGCCCUUUUCCGAUCGGCGGACAUCAAAAGUGUGGAACCACUACACUCAACUGAGCCUGUAUCGCGUCGAGUGCAACCAUUGUAAGAGGCAGCUUUCCUUUCACAACAGCACCACUUCCAUGAGAGAACACCUAGGACGAAAACACAGCAUUUGGGAUGGAGCGGUUCCACCUCACAACACCGCAGACGUCUCCGCCCCUGAACCGUUACAUCCUCACAUAAGUCAGAGCGGUUUACAUGGUAGCAGACCGGUUGCAUGUAGCAUUGCGGGCAAUGCGUUGAAUGCUACAUUUCAGCCAAUGUUACCCAUCACCGUAAAAGAGGAGCAGCAAGAGAUUUCGCUACCCGAGAUGGCUGAAACCAAACCCGCUUGUGCAGUUGGAGGCAGUGCUUCUACGUCUAUCGCCCUUCCCCACCAAGAUACAGAUAUGAACUGCCUAAUGUAUAAUUUUCCUUCUGGGGAGAUGAACAGCACUAGUGGAACCAGUGGUAACCGCAGUAGCACGAGAGCAUGCAGUAACAAGCGAGCGGAGGUGUUAACCGAUCUUAUCUUGGUGAUGGUAUUCAGAGACCUUCAACCAUUGUCUGUGGUGGAAGACAAGGGAUUCAGACUCUUACUGAGUUGCUUAGAGCCCAACUAUCCUGUGCCAUCUCCUUCGCUGCUUGGCAGCCUACUUUGGCAUCGCUACCAUAAUCUCAAACAGUUCCUCCAGCAGCAACUUCAAAACAGUUUAGCCCCUCACUGUCUCACCCUCUGCGUUGAGCAUUGGCGUUCCAUAGAAGGAUGUGGGGUUGGAGGUGAUGGUCGACUGUACGUUACGGUCAGUGCACAUUUCGUAGACUCUCAAUGGCACCUGGCACGCUGUGUGCUGGAGACCCUUCCGAUACCAGGAGUCAAAGAAAACAAAAUGUCUCAAAGAGGCCAUGCAAGAUUUGCAGAUACCUUGAAGGCAGUACUGUCCAAUUUCCAGCUUCCGGAGAAUUUCGUCUUUUGCGUUGUGCACGACACCCCCUGUGGAACGGAAUCCAGCGGGAUCGAAAAGAACACAGCCAUUGAUUCUGAAUAUCAACAGGAAUUUGCCGGACCCAGCCAUCCGCCUCCCAGUAAUCUCCCAAAGGGAUGGGCGCCUCUACUUUGUGCAGGACAAGCCCUGAAACUCUGCGUCCAGGAAGGACUUUGCGUCGAAACCGUCAGACAGACUCUUUCGGAUGCCCGUGCCAUCGUCUUGCAUUUUCAGCAUGAUGCGAAUGCUGCCACGGCACUGAGCCAGAAAGCAGAGGCAGUUAACAAAGAAUCCACGUGCCUGGUUUUGAACGACCCAGGCCGUUGGACCACUGCCAUUGAGAUGUGUGAGGGUCUACUUGAGCUCAAAUGGGUAAUAAGCUCAGUAUUAGAAGAGCAAAAGGUAGCGUCAAACCUGGCAGAUCACCAGUGGCGUCUUAUACACGAACUGGUCCCGGUGCUUAAAACAGUUCGUAUUGCAGCAUCGUUUUUGAGUGAGGACAUCAACGGCCCCAUCUCGGCCCUGAUGCCGUGUCUUCAAGGAGUAUCCAGGCUUCUUGGACAGAAAAUAGCAGAGUGCAGCUGUCCUGUAGUGAGAGGAGUUAUGGAGAGAAUUCGUGCUGGUAUGGACAAAUGUUGGAGUCUUAGCGAUGAAGAUGCUCUUUUGGACAGUCCAGCUGUACUCUCUUCGUUUCUGGACCCGCGCUUUAAAGAGUUGCGCUUUCUCAGCCCACACGCCCGCAGCAAGCUGCACGACAAGGUGAAAGAGCUCCUGUCUGUUCAAGCUUACUCAAGCGAAGAAAGGAUCCAAAGUGUAGAAAUGGAGGAACCUGUUGAUGAACAAGAUGAACCUGCAGUUUUUGGAUUAGAUGACCCCUUGCCGAUGCCUCCGAUAGCUUCUUUGGAUUCUCCUGAAUCGUGCGGCUCCGCAGAUGAAGGUGACGGCUUUGAGCUGCAACCGAGCGAGCCCUCUGUUGCUAUAUCAUCUCCCGAACACGCCAACGAUUGCGCGCUUGAGGUCGACUCACCCUUCAAAGCCAUCAGCGAAAGUAAAAUACCUUCUAGUGGAACCAGGGCGAGAUCUCCACUGCGAGGAGAUUCGCAGCUUAAUUCUCGCGUACGGAUGAGUCCUCUACCGCAGAGCAUGUAUGAUAUUCUUCUGGGAGAGGACCCAACAGAACGAAUGCCCGAGAUUCACCAGCAGCUGGAAAAUUACAUAGCGGAGCCCCUCUGCAGACGCAGCCUCUCGCCUCUGCAUUGGUGGCGCAACAAGGAACAUCGCUUCCCCGCUGUGGCCAGACUGGCACGAAAAUAUCUGUCCAUACCCGCAACUGCUGUUUCUGCCGAUCAGGCCUUUGCCGCCAAGGAAUCUCCGGUGACCCAAAGAAGGGCCACUUUGGGAUCUAAACACCUUGACCAUAUUUUAUUUCUCCAUCAGAACACCGAUUAUGCAGAUCUGUUAAAAGUUGGGCCAUCCAGACGAGAAACUGACCAAAGGAACAGUGUCAGUGUAAAUCAAAGCAGAGACAGUCUUUACCAGACUCUAGUGUCAUAUGAAAGUAAAGUUCGUGUGCCUGAGGACUCGUGAUCGUGGUUAUAAAUGUAUACACUGUGUAAUAUAUACUUGCAAAUGUGCAUUUGAACUACAUAAUCAAAAAUUAUCCUGAAUGACCAAUAGUGGUUUUACUAACACUAUAGACCUGUAGAGUAAAUGGUAAAUGAUAAACUCUACGACUGUGAUCGUUACUUGGAUUAUUUGAUUCCUAUUGCAGCCUUAAACACAAACAUAACUGCUGUACAAAGAAUUUGUGACACUAACAAGGGGUCAUGAUCUGAGAAUUGAAAUUCCCCUCGAUCUUUUGAUAGUUUGGAGGUCCUUAUACUUAUACGUAUAAAAUAUCCUUUAAGCUACCCAGUCUCAUGUGGAUGCGUAUAAAUAGUGAAAACUUGUGCAGUACAGCACGCCAUUUUAAGUGAACGGGAAGGACUGGCGCCUAUGAUAUUUACUUAAAAUGGCGCAUCUUUUUUUGACGCUUAAUGUAUUGGUUAUUCACUUUUUUCUGUUUUCUUUGUUUUAACAAUUUUCGCUUUGGUUUAAGCCAUGGUCGCUUGGAGUUGGGGUUAGAUAUGGGGUUUGGAUGUCAAUUUUUGUAUAAAAAAUUAGUUUGAACCCUAAACCCAAUAGAAAAUGGUAAAAAAAGAAAAACAUUGAGAAACCAAUACAUAAAACGACAAAAAAGAUGCGCCGUUUUAAGUAAGCGGGAAGGAAUUUGGCUUAUGUAUUGCACAAGUUUUCACACUUCGUGCUAUUUAUACGCAUCUCCGUGAGACUAGGUUCCUUUAAAGGGAUAGUUCAUCCAAAAAAGAAAAUUCUGUCAUCAUUUUCUCAUCCUCAUGUUGUUUUAAACCUGUAUGAAUUUACAUUUUUUAAAGAAAACAAAAUAAAUUUAGAUAAAUGAUGGUAAGCACACAUCUGCCUUAACCAUUGACUUCCAUAGUAGGAAAAACAAAUAUGAUGGAAUUCAAUAGGUACCGUCAACUGUGUGCUUACCAUCAUUUAUCAAAACAUCUUCAUCAUCAUUUAUCACAAUAAUUCCAUAAUAUUUGUUUUCCUACUAUGGAAUUCAAUGGUUAAGGCAGAUGUGUGCUUGCUUACCAUCAUUUGUCAAAAUAUAUUUUUUUGUGUGUGUGUUCAUCAAAAUUCAUACAGGUUUGUAACAACAUUAGAGUGAGUACAGAAUUUUCAUUUUUGGGUAAAACAAUCCCUUUAAAGUUUGACAUGUUCAACACUGUUAUAAAAACAAGUGUUUUAAAUCCACAAAGCCUUUUUGUUUUUUAUAAGGUCUAAGGAUUUGCAAAAGCAUUAUCAUGUGACUAAUGUAGAUACUGUUUUACUGUUAAAAAAUCGUUUAAAGCUAGGGUAGGCAAUAUUUUUAGGUUCAUUUUGUAUCUCAGGCCUAUAAAAUGUUUAUCCAAUCAUUCGGUCUGAUCUUGGCAUACUCUCGUGAUGCUUGCAGUGUGUGUUCAGGUUUUUGGAUGAGGCGCUUGGCUUUGGAUAGAGCUCAGAAAAGAAAAGUGCCCAGACAGCAGACCGGUACCGCACCGAGUCCACACUGUAUCCGUAAUCUUCGGGCCAAAUCUGCAAUGGAUCUGGUCCGGAGUCGUAUGCUGUCUGGGUGGGAUCAUUUCCCUUUUUAGCUUUCUAAACUAUCUUUGCUUUUACUAACCACUAUGAAACUGCCCACCCUAGCUUUUACUCCCUGAAAGCAUUUCAUAAUUGAUCUAUGUUGUUAUCAAGUGUUACAAUGUUAUUGUCACGUUAAAGUGUUGUAACUUUCCAUGGAAUGCAUUUCAACAUUAACCCUCCUCCUUUUGUGUUUGGGAGAGAGUAUGAACUUUAUUAGUUGUAGUUGUCUUUACUACUUUCAACAGUAGACUUGACAGUGUUGUUGUAAGCAGCAUGUUCAGAUAAAAGUGUUUUAUUAAAUACUACUAAAAUUGAA